GAGAGGGAGAGAUAAAUGAAUCUCAAAGGCCAAACUCGGGCCAGAGGAGAAAGCCGGAGGGUGAGCCGGGCUGACCUGACUCCGAGCUUUCCCGGAGUUAAUUCGCGGAGGAGUUCGCUCCCCCCGCAAGGGCACGCGACGCCAGCGGGCAGCCAGCCCCCGCGCAGAAUGGCUCCUGAACAACUUAUUUCACCUUCUUUGAAAGAAGGUGAUAUAAGCGCGCUUUCUCUUUCCGCCGACUCCAAACCGCCCCGGCAGGCGCGCGGCGGGGCGACGUCCUCCGCGCCGUCUGGAACCCUGCACACCCGCGCGCGGGCACCGGGGAGAGGGACAAAGAGUUUGGGCCAAGUUUGAGCUCCGGGCACUGCCAGGCUCGGGGGAAGGAAGGUCCCCCGGGCGGACACCUGGGUGCCGAAGGUGGAGCAAGGAGAAAAAGCUACCCGGCGAAUUCUCGACCCUGGGGAUGGGGGGGGGCGGGGGGGGGGCGGGGGCCAAUCCCGGCCGAGCGAGUGGCGGGCGAGUUGGGGCUCCGGAAGGCAGGCCUUUCUCGCUCCGAAGUAAAGCCAACCGUCCUGCCAGUCCACCCGGGUUCCCGCAGUCCCCCGGGAAAACUCCUUCCCCUCUUGCACCAAACUUUGCGCCCGGCUUAGCAACCUCCGGAGCAGGCUGCGGCGCAGGAAGGGUUAAGACUGCCAGUCCCAGCUGACAGUCAGCUGAUUGGGCCCUGAUUGACAGCUCGGAAAAGUUUCCUUGUUUCUGUAUUAUGCUAAUCGCGGCCGCUUCGCCGCCUCCCAUUGGUCCGGAGUACCAGUCAAUUUCCCUUUUGGGCCUGACGUCACAAGUGCUAUAAAACUCAGCAAUUGCUUUAAACUCUUCUUGCUGGAUCAGAGGCUUUAAAAUCUUUUUUUCAUCUUCGAGCUGUAGCUCGGGCUGCUCGUCGGCUCGGCCUCUCCCCUUUUGCUCUCCGCCUCGCCUUUCCCCAGGACUUCGCUAUUUCGCUUUAAAAAAAAAAAAAAAAAAAGGCAAGAAAGAACUCCGCUCCCCCCUCCCUUUCCUCCAGCCCGGCUGCACCUCUGUCUUGCACUUUGCACGGAGGGAGGAAGACUGAGAGGUUGAGAGAGAGAGAGAGAGAGAGGAAAGAAAAAAAAAAAAAAAGAGCCAGGCAGAAGAGGAGGCGAGAAGCAUGAAGUGUUAACUCCCCCGUGCCAAGGCCCGCGCCGCCCGGACAGCGGCCCGCCGCGCCUCCAGCCCCGAGCGGCCGCCGCGCGCGCCCCGCCUGCAGCCCGGGCCGACGAGGCGAGCACUCCUUAUGCAAAACGCGCAGCGGAGCGGCGAGCGGGGGACGCCGCGCACCCAGCCGGGCUCUUCUGGCUUCGCCGCCGCCGCCACCGCAGCCCGCAGAGGACCUUCCCGAGCCUGAAGCCGCCGGCUCGGCGCGCUAGGAGGCGAGCAGGCGAGGAGGGGCCGGGGCGAUCGAGCAAGCACAUUGGCGUGAGCAGCGGGGAGGGAGGGCGGGCGCGGGGGGCGCGGGCAGGGCGGGGGGGGGGUGUGUGCGCGCUCGGAGGUUUCGGGCCAGCCACCGCCGCGCGAGCUAGAAGCGCCCCAGCCCGGCAAGCUGGCUCACCCGCUGGCCACCCAGCACAGCCCGCUGGCCCCUCUCCUGCAGCCCAUCUGGCGGAGCGGCGGCGGCGGCGGCGGCAGGAGAAUGGCAUCAGAACUGGCAAUGAGCAACUCCGACCUGCCCACCAGUCCCCUGGCCAUGGAAUAUGUUAAUGACUUCGAUCUGAUGAAGUUUGAAGUGAAAAAGGAACCGGUGGAGACCGACCGCAUCAUCAGCCAGUGUGGCCGUCUCAUCGCCGGGGGCUCGCUGUCCUCCACCCCCAUGAGCACGCCGUGCAGCUCGGUGCCCCCUUCCCCCAGCUUCUCGGCGCCCAGCCCGGGCUCGGGCAGCGAGCAGAAGACGCACCUGGAAGACUACUACUGGAUGACCGGCUACCCGCAGCAGCUGAACCCCGAGGCGCUGGGCUUCAGCCCCGAGGACGCGGUCGAGGCGCUCAUCAGCAACAGCCACCAGCUCCAGGGCGGCUUCGAUGGCUACGCGCGCGGGGCGCAGCAGCUGGCCUCGGCGGCCGGAGCCGGCGCUGGCGCCUCCCUGGGCGGCAGCGGCGAGGAGAUGGGCCCCGCCGCCGCCGUGGUGUCCGCCGUGAUCGCCGCGGCCGCCGCGCAGAGCGGCGCGGGCCCGCACUACCACCACCACCACCACCACCACGCCGCCGGCCACCACCAUCACCCGACGGCCGGCGCGCCCGGCGCCGCGGGCAGCGCGUCCGCCUCGGCCGGUGGCGCGGGCGGCUCGGGCGGCGGCGGCCCGGCCAGCGCCGGCGGCGGCGGAGGCGGCGGCGGCGGCGGCGGCGGGGGCGCGGCGGGGGCGGGGGGCGCCCUGCACCCGCACCACGCCGCCGGCGGCCUGCACUUCGACGACCGCUUCUCCGACGAGCAGCUGGUGACCAUGUCGGUGCGCGAGCUGAACCGGCAGCUGCGCGGGGUCAGCAAGGAGGAGGUGAUCCGGCUGAAGCAGAAGAGGCGGACCCUGAAAAACCGCGGCUAUGCCCAGUCCUGCCGCUUCAAGAGGGUGCAGCAGAGGCACGUCCUGGAGUCCGAGAAGAACCAGCUGCUGCAGCAGGUCGACCACCUCAAGCAGGAGAUCUCCAGGCUGGUGCGCGAGAGGGACGCGUACAAGGAGAAAUACGAGAAGCUGGUGAGCAGCGGCUUCCGAGAAAACGGCUCGAGCAGCGACAACCCGUCCUCUCCCGAGUUUUUCAUAACUGAGCCCACUCACAGGUUGGAGGCAUGGGUGGGAUACACCACAUUUUGGAAGCCCCACAGCAUCAUGUGCCUACCCGUUUAUCCACAAAACGAAAUUUACGUGAGAACUGUAUUUUUCUUAUUUUUAUUACUAUCAGCAGUCAUGGAAAACAGCCUACCCCAGGCUUCUGUUUAGUUUCCUUUUUUAAAAAAUAAAUGUGUUAAGAGAUGAAAGCUAUUAAAUGUAGAAGCUCCAUGCUAAUUAACCGUGCCUCCUGUCUGAGGGCCAUGCAGACCCACAGAAAAGCGCGCUGGUGUUUCUGACUUUACGAUGCGCCAGACUGAAUAGGUGCGAUUGUUUUCAACCUGUAAUAUUGGUUUAAAAAAAAAAAAAAAAAUCCACCGAAAUUUACAAGAUACAGGCGUUGAUAUGAAGGGAAGUGUACAGAAGGUUAACAGCUAGCAUUUUUAAAGCCUAUGUAGACAUGCACACUCUAAACAGUACUUUUUCACGCUUCCUGGUUUCUCUGGCAGAUAAUUUUACUAA